UAAAAAUGUUACCCGAAUUGUGUAUUUAAAGUGAGAUAAACUGUUCUAUCUCUGAAGAAAUAUUGGGCAAUAUUACAGAUCUCAUACUCGAAAGACUUGCCCCUGAGGCACAUCUAUCCCCCCAAAGCCAUGCAGACAGACUUCUUCAACUGCAACUGGUAGAUGAAUAUGAGGGAAUUAACAAACCAAAACCAAUUUGAAUCAGAUGAGAUUUGCAUAGUUUCUACUAUUUCAUAGACUUUCAUCAUGAAAUUUUAGUAUGUGCUCUCAGGAUAAAAGGAUUUUAAAACCAGGUUAAAAAUAAUCUAUCAUUCAAAUCACAUUCUUUGAUAGUGAAAAUCUUGACACAACAAUAGAGGAAUCUUAGCUAUGAAGGCUUCACUAUGCCUAAUGAAAUAAGAUAUUUAUGAGAGUGUUGCCUUGGCGGUGUUAGUGGUCAACCCAAAAUAAUUCAUAAUAAGAGCAUCAUUGCCUGUUUUGCCACACCUACUACUGAGGAAGUAUAAAAGAUCUGUGAAGAUGGAGAUGUUCAAAUUCAAGAACAUCCUCUUCUACACCUGAACCAUCCAUUUCUGACACCAUGAUUGACUAUACUAACUACUAUGGUGGCUAUGGGUAUGGUGGGCUUGGCUGUGGCUAUGGCUGUGGCUAUGGCUGUGGCUAUCGUGGCUAUGGAGGCUAUGGAAAUGGCUGCUGCCACCCAUCUUGUUAUGGAAGAUACUGGUCAUAUGGUUUCUACUGAACAAUUCUAGAGCUCACCAGAUUUGUCUGCUUGUGAAAUUUGGAUUCUCAGGCUGCUCUUGUUCAUCUGAUCCUGUGUCUUCAAAUUAGCAGAAACCUAAAUCUAGGCUAUUAUCAAAGAACUACAGAUGUUAUCUUUCUCUGGUUCUGUUGUGCAGGAUGAUAAAGAACAUGUUUUAAAAUGCAAUUAAAUUUUCCCUUUUAUUAAGUCCUUUAAAUAAAUUUAGUCUGUUUGCAAAUAUAGUGUGUUUUCACAUUUAUUAUGUGCAUUGUCAACUUUGCAUGUGGAUGAUGGUAAGAUGGAAACCUAUGCAUAAUUACUAUCCCAAGGGGUUGACACUACAUCUUAUUUCAUUUUCCUAUUUUUUGUCCCUCUCUAUAUAUCUCAUACUGUUUAAAACUGAGUUUCCAUAGGGACAUAGUUGAUUGCUUUCCUUUCAAAUUCUACUUCUAGCUUGACAAGCUACACACCUAAGUCUGGUGGCUGCAUGCUGCUGUCUGUCUGUCCUUGUUUCUCCAGAGCACACAGAAACACACAUGCAUUUUAAGUUGUGGCUUCCAUUAGUUUUCCAAGUUGUCUGCCUUCUGGUAGCUUCAUUACUAUGAAGCCUCUCGGUUGCCUGAUGUUGUUGAUAUAGAUCUUAUAUCCAGCGUGGAAUGGUAUACAGGAAGUGCUGUGCCAUAUCUGGGAACCCGGAUGUCUUUAUAGGAAAUCUGUUUAUGAUAGGAGAUUUUGAUAAUGAAGUUCAUUUCAUAUUUCAUUGCAUUCAUGCAACAGCUCCUAAAGUAUUCAAGGCAUGCCGCUAUAUUGGGAGAGAGCAUUUUUUCAUGAAUAUUCAAGAUUGUUUCUGUUGUAACAUUACUAAAGUUUAUCUAGUUGUAUACUUUAUAAAACUCUGGUAUUUGUGUACUAUUUGUACCUGGUAACAGAAUAUUCUAAUUGGGUUUUACAUUUUUCCAAAUGAAAGAGUUUCAGUGAGUUUUGACCACAUUGUAUGAAAAUCAAACUUCUCAGUUAAUCUGUAAAAAUAAACUAUUGACA